ACAUGUAUGUUCAUUUAUUGCAAAAGGUUUCCUAAAAUUAAGAAUGCCCUUGCCAGUUUUCUUUGUGAUUAUGUGUGCCAUUUGCAGUUUCACCACUGCUGAUAAAAAGUCACCACGACCAAGUCUGAAAACAUUCAGAGAUGAUUAUGCCACUGUUGUUAAAACAUGCGAGGCUGUCGGUUAUGUGAGAGACAAAUGCAAGGCCCCAAGACGACACAUGAUUGUAGCAUUUGAUGCCAAAGCCUCGCAGCAGACAGUUAGUCAGGGGAAAAUAGUCAAAUUUGGAACUGUGGAUUUACAGAUAGGAGGUGGCUAUAAUGGUAAAGAAGGAAUUUUCACUGCACCAAAAUCUGGGAUCUAUGUCUUUGAUUGGACAACAGUGACACAAAACAGCUACGUUGCACAUACCGCUUUGAAUGUGAAUGGCAAACGGAAGGCCUACCUCUACUGCCACAACAAGGUUAGCGGUAUGCAUAAUUCUUGCAGUAAAAUGGCUAUUGUAAGACUGGAUGCCAGAGACAGGGUCUGGAUCGACUGUCUUUAUGGAACAGCUUAUGUCAAUAAGUUAUUUUCUUCAUUUUCUGGUUUUAUGUUGUAAUGUCGAGAUAAAAUAAAGACAGGUCUAUGCAAUUU